AUGUCUCUGAUUCUAUUGGCGUUGCUAUGUGCAGUGAGAUUCAACACAAUCACUUGCUGCCAUGAGAGGGACCGACGUUCACUUUUAAGCUUCAAACAAGGCGUUGUUGAUCCCUCCAACCGCCUCUCUUCUUGGUCCACUCUCCCAGAUUGCUGCCAAUGGGAUGGAGUUCACUGUGAUACCAACAACAGAGUCGUUGGCCUUUCUCUGUGGGACGACGGAGACUAUUAUUUUGAUCCAAUAAUCAACAAUCAUUUAGAAUUACUGAGAGGUGAAAUCAACUUAUCUUCUUUACUUGCUAUUGAAUCUCUCGAAUGGUUGGAGUUGGACGGCAAUGACUUUGAACGCAUAAGCAUGGCGCCUAUCAAUAAUUCUGUUGCAACUCAUACUCAUUUGCUACCCAAUUCUUCUAAGCUUUCUGAUGUGAGUUUAUCAUACAAUAUUCAUCUCCACGCUGAUAAUCUUCAUUAUUGGCUCUCUCGACUUCCUUCCCUGACAUCUCUCGACCUCAGUGGCAUUCGUCUUCCUAGUGAAACCAAUUGGGUUCAAUCAUUGGCCUCGCUACCUCUGGGGAAUUUACGUUUGCGUGAUUGUAAUUUGACCACCUCGAUUCUGUCUUUCCAGCAUACCAAUUUUAGCUCACUUUCAUAUCUUGAUCUUAGUCUGAAUGAUUUUACAUUUGGAUUACCUAAUUGGUUGUUCAAUCUUAGCAAAGAUCAUCUCGAAAGAUUUGGUCUCAGUCAAUGCAAUUUGAGAGGUCAAAUUCCAGAUCUUUCAGGCUAUCGAAAUCUGUGGUUGUUAGAUCUAUCUAACAACAAACUCAAAGGGUCGAUACCUGGUUGGUUUGGCCAGCUUGAUGGACUAGCUCUCCUGGAUCUAUCUAAUAACUCGUUUCACAGUUCCAUUCCUUCUAAUCUCUUAAAUGCAUCAGCUUCGUUAUUAUAUUUAGAUAUUAGCUUCAACAACUUGAGUGGUCCGCUCCCAAACAUUCUUGGCCAAAAUAUGUCUGCGUGGCCUAUAUCGGACUUUUUGUCCAUGACAACUUUGGAAAUAUCUAUGUCAUUUAAUAAAUUUGAAGGAAGGCUUCCUCGAGUAUCAAAUUCGGUCCAAGUUUUGGAUUUAUCUUACAACUAUUUCUCAGGACCUUUAUCUUCCUUAUUGUGUCACGGUGAGACUAAUGAGUUUACUUUGAAGUAUUUAGACAUAUCAAAUAACAAUCUCACCCAAGAACUUCCAGAUUGUUGGAACAAUUGGACACAUUUGUCUCAAAUAUACUUAGGGAAUAAUCAGCUAGUUGGUCAAGUUCCAUCAACGAUGGCUGUCAUUAUAUGA